AAAGGUCAAGCUGAGACCCAAAAACCAAAGAGUUGAAUUUGUUGCCGGCAUGAUGCACUCUCUGCACAAGUGUCUGCUUUUUGUUCUUUUUGGAUGUCUUGAAAUGAACACCCUCGGGAAUGAAAUCAUACAUGGUAAAAAGGCCCCGGACAACCAGAUGCUGUAUAUGGCCUCCUUGCAGAAUGAUGCAGGGCCCCAACAAGUGUUGUUCUUGGUACCCACAAUCUCAAGAAGGUGAAUAAUGGCACGAUGAGAUACAGAGUGAAGCUAUGCAAACAUCCAUCCUACAAAAAUGAAAUUACUGGUGAUGACAUCAUGCUACUCAAACUGUUGAAGAAAGCUCGACUGAGCAAAAGCGUGCAACCGAUUAAACUUCCAGAGUCUGAGAUAGAAAUAAAGGACAAUGCCAAGUGCUCUGUAGCUGGAUGGGGCGCCACAGAAACUUCUGGUCGGCCUACUGAUGUGCUCCAAGAGGUGGAUGUGUCUGUGGUUGACUAUGAGACUUGUGAGAGAACAUGGAAGGUUAAUCUUCCUGCCAAUGUUAUCUGUGCAGGUGGAUAUAAGACAGACAAAGGAUUCUGUAAGGGUGAUUCUGGCGGUCCUCUGGUGUGCGAUGGGAAGGCUGUUGGUGUUGUGUCUUUCAAUAGGAAGAGGUGUGACUAUCCAAAUGUUCCCAACGUCUACACAAAAAUAUCGAAAUAUCUCCACUGGAUCAGUGAAGUCAAGAAAAACGGCGGCUGUUAAACAGAACUAUUCAGAAUCAUCUUUCUGUUUUGUAUGUCACUGACUCUUAACCCCCCCCCCCCAUAGACAUCUACUGAUCAACUGCUUGGUUGUAGAGCUUGUUUUUAAAUGUGUUAUUACAUAUUGGGCUUCAUUUAAAAAAAUAUGUAUUUUUUUUAUUACUAUCACAUUGCUGAAUGUUUUUAAUCGUGCUGUAAACAAACUCUCUCUCUAUUCUCAUUGUGGAUGCUUUACUGUGUUAAGUCAUUUUGUGUUCGCUUCUUAUUUCAAAUGCAAUAAAAUACAUACAUGUAUUUAGUUAAAUAACCA